CCGAGAGCUGUCGGCUGGGAAAUGGCGGCCGCGGGCUUGGUUGCUGUGGCCACGGCUGCAGAGUACUCUGGCCCAGUAACGUCGGGAGGUAACCUCUCCGUUGUUAACGGCGGUCCAAACUCCGGGGCCGGCCCUGGUCCGGGCCCGGGCUCGUGGAGCCGCUCCCUCGACCGAGCGCUGGAGGAGGCGGCGGUCACUGGGGUGCUGAGCCUGAGCGGCCGGAAACUGAGGGAGUUUCCCCGGGGAGCGGCCAGCCACGACCUGACGGACACCACCCGGGCGGAUCUGUCACGAAAUCGCCUCUCAGAAAUUCCCAUAGAGGCAUGUCACUUUGUUUCUCUUGAGAAUCUCAAUUUAUACCAAAAUUGUAUUCGGUAUAUACCAGAGGCAAUUCUAAACUUGCAAGCUCUAACGUUCUUAAAUAUUAGUCGAAACCAGUUGUCAACAUUGCCAGUACACUUGUGUGAUUUACCAUUGAAAGUUUUAAUUGCUAGUAAUAACAAAUUGGUCUCACUUCCGGAAGAAAUUGGACAUCUCAGACAUUUAACGGAACUUGAUGUGAGCUGCAAUGAAAUUCAAACAAUCCCUUCCCAAAUUGGUAAUUUGGAGGCCUUGCGAGACCUUAAUGUAAGAAGAAAUCACUUAGUACGUUUGCCUGAAGAGCUAGCAGAGCUGCCUUUGAUACGGUUAGACUUUUCCUGCAAUAAAAUUACAACAAUCCCUGUUUGUUAUCGGAAUCUCAGGCACCUACAGAUGAUCACUCUAGAGAACAAUCCGCUACAGUCUCCUCCUGCACAGAUAUGUAUAAAAGGCAAAAUCCACAUAUUUAAAUACCUGAACAUACAGUCUUGUAAGAUUGCUCCAGAUCUGCCAGAUUAUGAUAGGAGACCCAUGGGUUUUGGCUCCUGCCACGAAGAACUGUACUCGGGUCGCCCCUAUGGAGCCCUUGAUUCAGGUUUCAAUAGUGUGGACAGUGGUGAUAAGAGAUGGUCAGGGAAUGAACCUACAGAUGAAUUUUCAGAUCUGCCUCUUCGAGUAGCAGAAAUUACUAAAGAACAAAGACUACGAAGAGAAAGCCAAUACCAGGAGAAUCGCAGCAGUUUAGUAGUAACAAAUGGUGGAGUGGAACAUGAUCUGGAUCAGAUCGACUAUAUUGACAGCUGUGCUGCAGAGGAAGAGGAGGAGGAGGCUCGACCACCCGAGGGCCUGGACUCCGACAGCCUCAGCUCACAAUUCAUGGCGUACAUCGAGCAGCGGCGUGUCUCUCAUGAGGGUUCACCAAUAAAGCCAGUACCCGUGAGGGAGUUUCAAAAAACAGAAGAUAUGAGAAGAUAUUCACAUCAGAACAGGGUUCCAGCAGAGCCAUCUCCUCUCUUAUCACUAUCACCAAGUCACAAUCAGUUUUCACAUACAGACUUGGAACUUCAUCGCAGAAGAGAACAAUUAGUAGAACGUACUCGGAGGGAGGCACAACUUGCUGCCCUACAGUAUGAGGAGGAGAAAAUGAGGACCAAGCAGGUUCAGAGAGAUGCUGUCCUGGACUUUGUCAAGCAAAAAGCAUCACAAAGUCCACAAAAACAGCACCCCCCCUUAGAUGGUGAGUGUCCCUUCCCAUCCAGAAGGUCUCAGCACACUGAUGAUAGUGCCUUGUUAGUGUCGCUGUCAGGUGUGAAUCAAGUGGGCUGUGUUGCUACCCUGCCUCAUUCUUCUGCCUUCAGGCCUCUUAAGAACGAUGACAGAUCUAAUGCUGUAUCAAGUUCACCUACAACAGAAACAGUUCAUCAUUCCCCUGCAUAUUCUUUUCCUGCUGCUAUCCAGAGAAACCAGCCCCAGCGCCCUGAAAGCUUCCUUUUCCGAGGAGUUGUCAGGGCAGAAACAAGUAAAGGUCAUGCUUCACCCCUUCUUUCGUCUUCUGCACCUUCCACUGAUUUGAAAGAUCCAGUAACAAGACAGAAUUCAAGACAGAGAGAAGAAGAGCUGGAAUUAAUAGAUCAACUACGGAAACAUAUUGAGUACCGGUUGAAGGUAUCUCUGCCUUGUGAUCUCGGAGCAGCUCUCACCGACGGUGUUGUUCUUUGCCAUUUGGCCAAUCACGUGCGGCCUCGAUCUGUCCCCAGCGUUCACGUUCCCUCACCAGCUGUGCCUAAAUUAACAAUGGCAAAAUGCAGACGAAAUGUGGAGAAUUUCCUAGAAGCUUGCAGAAAGAUUGGUGUACCACAGGACAAUCUUUGUUCCCCUUCUGACAUCCUUCAGCUAAACCUCAGCGUAAACAGAACUGUUGAAACACUACUUUCUCUUGGGGCCCAUUCGGAAGAAUCCAGUUUUGUCUCUCUGUCUGUGCAGCUCCUGGGUUUUGUGGCAUUUUACUGUACUUUAAUGCUAACUCUCCGUGUGCUUUAUGACUGGGUCGUCCCCCUCUAGCCAAGAGUGCAUUCCGGUGAUUUUCCCCCUCACUCCUGUGCUUGGUAAAAGAGGUUUGUUUCUCAUUCAGAAGUACUUACGUAUGUGCUGUUUCCUGGCCAUCAAAGAGCUAACCAAUAAAGGAGAUAAACCCUUUCCUGUGUGUCCAGAUGCGCAGCUCAUCACAUCAGGAAGCGUUUACGAUUGCUCACGGAGUAGAGAGACCAGCAUUUCUCUUCUGCUCAUUCGUCCAUUCUCCUGGCCUGUGUGUGGCCUUGUUUCUCUUAUCAUAAAUGCUGAGCAGGUUCUACUAAUAUAGUCCUGAGUCUGUUCUUAGAAAAUGACUUAGAACUUUAUUUCCAAAUGGCAUAAUAAAAUCUCCACCUAGCCAUUUUUCCAUGCCUCAACAUAACUUAAGUGUUGAAAUUCUGAGAAGUAUUAAAAUUAUAAGUUGCUGAACUUUUUAACAACUAUUCAGUAAGGAAACAGUUGUACCCUUUCUGUUCUGGGGCACCUCGUCACUUGGAUCUCCGCAUUGAGCUGUGCCCUGAAAUCCUGAAAUCUCUCGAUUGGUAGGCGCAGGUCCACCCAGUAAGCAUUUGUUCUCUGGACAUCUGGAAGGCACUGGCCAUUUAAUCUUAGUAACUUCAAUUUGAUCUGAGUGUUUAGUCCAAAGAUAAUGUAGGUUCCCUCGAUCGCUAUUCUGAGCCCAUUGUGUACACUGAAAACAGUACACAAUAUCAAAUUGUACACUUUAAAUAUAUGCAGUUUAUUGUAUGUCAAUUGUAUCUCAAUAAAAGUUCUUAAGGAAGAAUAAAUAAAAAUAAAUAUAAAAGUGCGGAAAAGAAAACAGUACACAAGCAAAUUAUCUGGAGCUGACCUUUCCGGGGUAGGCGCCUGUCUGCACAUUGAGUACGUUUGCUGUCUCUAACUUCAAUUCUAGGAUGCUAUUGAGAAUUUUAAAUUGGAAUUUAUAUUUCCAGUAUAUUUGGACCAUCUUCAUAGGUGAACUUACAUUUAAUAGGCUGUUGAGGAGAGGAUAUCUGAACAGUAGCAGGUAAAGUAUUAGGCAGCAGUAUCUCUGUUCUGUACCCAAGGUAAUGAAUAUUGUCUUUCAGAAUGCUUAGCAUGUUAGCUGCUAGCCUUGCUGCUUGAGGCUGCUUUAUAACUGCAUUCAGAUUCUCGUUCUCAUAGUGUUUCUGAACAUUCAGGAGUCUCCUGAGCUCUGUUCAUGAAAUUGGACAGCUGAACUCAAGUGUGAAGCGAGACUGUGAGGAACCUGACAUCAUGCUGUGGAAGUCAGUCUGAGGAUCUGAGUGCUUUGGUUUUCUUUCACAUUAAAUGGGAAAAUUAUUUCACACAUUAAAAACGGUUUACUUUUAACGCUGAAACAUUGAACACUGUGUUGAAAACUUCAUUUCUAUACAGUAGUAGUGCCUUUCGGAGUUUGGUGGCGGGGGUUGUGGUUUUGUUUUUAAGAUGUCUCUGAGUCAGAGACCAUUCAGUUUUCUGAAGUUUUGUCCCUUCAAAAAAAAAACACCUGCUAGAAAAACACAUGGUGCCGUGUGUGGUUUGGGGGGAGUGAUGGUGCCUCCUCUUCAGAACAGAGUUCCCUCUAAGCCAGCUGGAAGGUAAGUGUGCAUCUGGAAAGCGUAAACCACGGAGGGAAUGUCUGAGCCGUGGGUUCACAGGUCUCAGGGCACCCCUGAAAACAAAGCUCAAGGAAUUGGCCUCAGAGGAAAUAUAUGUCUCCUCCAAGAGCAAAACACACUGCAGGUUGAUUUGAAGUAUAGUUAAUCUAUACUUGUAAUUGCACUCAAAAGAUUUAUACAAAGUUGCUAGUUUUAUAAGAUCAAAAGAUUCCAUUUACCUUGUUUUAUCAAGGUAAGUAUUAAAAGGAAGUCAUUAAGAAGCACAAGUACCAAUAACUGCUCAUAAUAUAUACUUGUUAUAUUUUUUAUUGCAACUGGUUUUAUAAAACUUCCUAGUAAUAUUUUAAGUGCCAAUGAAAAGCUGAGAAAGAUCCAGUUAUCUUCUUUAAUAAAUACUUAUAGUCUCUUUUUUAGUAGGACCAGAAUUCCACUUUUUUUCCUUUGAGAAUAAUCUCUUCUUUCUUUCCUCUAACCAAUGAUAGAUGUUAUUCUUAUGAUAUGCCUUUUUCUCGUAUAAGGAUUAACCAAACACAUUAAUGAGGUAAACAAGAUAGAAAUAAUUUAACUUCCUUAAGCAAGCAUGUAAACACUUUUCAAAUAGAUGUUAAGAUGUUCCUGAGAAAGCUCAUGUCGUAGUUCUGCAGCAUAAUUAAAUACCAGGAUAUGAAAUGCUUUUUCAAAUUCAUCUUUUUAUGUAAGUUCUGUAAUUCAGAUUUUUAAGUAAUUCAAACUGGGCCUCCUGUGAAUUUACCCAAUGUAGGGGAAAUUUUUUCAAGUACAUCUAAAUCUGAAGGAUAUGCUUCAGUUUCUGAGCUGAGAUCCCUGCCUGGUGUGAGAACCCUGAUCUUCAUAGUCAGGACUAUAAUGUAGAUGGUGGCAUUCCUCUCUCAUACAGUCUGAGUUAUGGCAUAAAACUAUCUUACAUUCCUGUGGUUUGUAAUUUCCGGAGCGCUUUCUCCUGCAGUGUUAUAUAUCCUUAGGCUUAAGCCAUCUGACAACUUGGGACUGUGUUUCUGUUUUCACCUGCCUCAGCUUACUGAUCUGCGUUGCUCUUUUAUGUAUCAGGGAUGAAGGAUGUGGCUUUUACUGCAUAGUACUAUGUUUAUCCUCUGUUGUGUGUGUAAGUGUAUGUAACUUGCCCACUUUCCAAUAUUCAGGAUGAUCUGUGUGUAUUUUAGUUGUAUUAAUGAAGUGACAGUGUCAGGUACCACGUCUGUGCAACUCAGAGGUCAGAUUCCCAGGCACUGACUUCUCAUUUCUCAGUUCGUUAUUAUGAGGGAGAGAAGAGAUGCUUAUUUUUUCUUUUCAGUUCUGUGAUGUUCAUCCUCUUUUCUCUUUUGUUUGUUUGUGUGUUACGUUGUCCCAUUUCAGGAGCAAUUAUGUUUGCCUCUCCACAUUUUAGAAGAGAAGGGUUUGAGCCAGGUGGCAGUGACGGUCCAGGCUCUCCUGGAACUUGCCCCACCCAAGCAGCCGCAGCAGCAGCAGUUCUCUGCCGUGUGAGGACUCCCAGCACC